GUCUAGCCUGAGCAUCCGUUUCAGAGUUGGCAGAGUGAAUGGGCUGCCUUUUGUCCUUGCUUUGUGUGUUGGGGGAAAGGGAUGUGAUGAAUGACUAGGGAAGGAGAGCAUAUAAUCGAAUAUGCCCAUUCUGGUAGUAGUUUGGCUUUAGCAAAAUCAUUCAGUUUCAUCUGUGGAAUUUGAGACAUUCUUUCAUUGCAAAGUAUGGGGAUGGAAAGUGUACCUGAAAGAAAGAAGAAAAAAAAGGGGCUGUGGUUGAAGCUGCACAAACAUGGAUGAACAAUGUACCUUUUGUUGUCUAGGUGUGCGUGAUUUUGUUUGAGAAAUUGUAUGUAACUGGAUUCCUGGAACUAUUGGGACUGUGAAUUGUUUGCUAUCUUGCAGCAUGAUCUGGGAGAGCAUUAGUGGCUGACAAAGUUGAGUCCACUUAGGAUUUCCUUUUGGUUUGUAAAUGGAAAAAGAGACAAAAGCUGGUCAUGGAUAUGCAAAGUGGCGGAGAUAGUUGUCAUAAUGCACGCUACCUCAGCAUUACAUUAUGAUUCAUGCCUCAUAUUUUAUGGCUACAAAUUGGUUGCUAAAGUUUUUAUAUAUUUCUAAUUAUUGAUCUUUACCCUUAAUAAUGGUGCAUGAUCAAUCCAAAUGUCGACUCGGCCUCUUUUGUUUCCUGAAUUUGAGUUCAUUUAGUACUAGUUAACAUAGCAUGUGGUACAGCUGAAAUGAGCAUUUCCCCCCUUUAUAUCUGCUUACUUUAGCUAUUGCAUUAGUUAACUUUUUGACCACCAUGUUUCCUAUUUCCAUUUCAGCUUUAGAAAUGAUAGCCCACUCCAUGGAGCCACCCAAUGGAGUAUCCAAAAGACAAACCAUCAAUGCUCUCCUUGGUCACGUUAUAAACCAAGACUCCCCAAGAGAGAAAUUAAAAGAAGCUGAACACAGAAAACAAUGGAGGGCAGCAGCAGUACUAAAUGGGUGGGGUGUUUGAGAGAGGUGAAGACAGUGAGCUUGGUAGCAGCUCCAAUGGUGGUUGUCAUGGUGCUGCAGUUCCUCGUGCAGUUUGUUGCAACCAUGAUGGUUGGCCACCUCGACCAGCUCUCCCUCUCCGCCGCGUCCAUCGGCUCAGCUUUCUCCCUUGUAACUGGCUUCACCGUGCUUGUUGGGAUGGCUGGUGGGCUGGAGACACUAUGUGGACAAGCUUAUGGCGCAGAGCAAUACUACAAGCUUGGAACUUACACUUACUGUGCCAUGGCAUCCAUGACCCUGGCCUGCAUCCCGAUCUCGAUCUUAUGGCUAUUCACAGACAAGCUACUCAUCCUUGCAGGCCAAGACCCUUCGAUCUCGAUCCUGGCUCGUGAGUACUCCAUCUACCUCAUCCCGGGACUCUUUGCUUAUGCGAUGCUUCAGUCCAUGAUGCGGUACUUCCAAACCCAGAGCUUGAUCCUUCCCAUGCUCUUUGCUUCACUUGCAACAAUGUGCCUCCAUGUUCCUCUCUCUUGGUUUCUCGUCUUCAAAACGGAGUUGAGAUUUAUCGGUGCUGCAUUGGCUGUUAGUAUUUCGACUUGGGCUAAUGUGAUCUUGCUCGGGAUAUACAUGGUUUGCUCCUCCAAAUGUGCCAAGACUCUGCCUAAAUUCAAGUUUAGGGAGGUGUUGUCAGGAACUGGGGAGUUCCUGCGGUUUGCUGUUCCUUCUGCCAUGAUGACCUGCCUUGAAUGGUGGUCAUAUGAUGUGCUUAUAUUGCUGGCUGGACUCUUGCCAAAUCCAAAGCUAGAAACUUCAGUGAUCUCUAUUUGCUUCUCAAUCACUUACUUGCACUACUACAUUCCUUAUGGGUUUGGAGCCACCGUAAGUACUAGGGUGUCAAACGAGUUGGGAGCAGGGCAUCCGAAGGCAGCCAAGAUGGCAGUUCAAGCUGUGAUGAUUCUCGCAGGAAUGGAACUGGCCAUUGUAAUCCUGCCUCUCUUCUUAUGUCGACACAUUUUGGGGUAUGCUUUCAGCAACGACGAGGAAAUCGUGGAUUAUGUUGCGGACAUGGCUCCUUUCAUGUGCCUCUCAGCCACUAUGGACACCUUACAAUCUGUGCUUUCAGGUGUUGUGAGGGGAAGUGGGAAGCAGAACAUGGGUGCCUUUGUGAACCUUGGGGCUUAUUAUUUUGUUGGGACACCAUUAGCUGCUAUACUGGCUUUUGUUGCGCAUUUGGGAGGGAAAGGGCUGAUAAUUGGAUUAGCAACUGGAUCAGGAAUACAAGCAGCCAUGUUUGGUAUCAGGCUGAUACUUAUAGACUGGGAAGAGCAGGCAUUGAAAGCAAGAGAGAGGAUCUUUCAUGGAGUAGAGCUACAAGAGGGUCCUUGAUUUCGUCUAUGGAUGCUCCAAUUUUUCAUGGUGCUCAAAGGCUUCUUGUAUGAGGAAACGAGUUCCUAAAAGGUGCAAAUUUAGAGAAGUAACUUACUAGAAGGAGAUGUGGACAUACAAAGACUAUUCAUGAUUUCUAGUGGGAUUUUACUGAAGUUCUAGAUUUUGUACCUUAAGAAAGUCCUUACAAACUUACAAAAGUUUAUUCACAUUAUUACUUUUGGUUGGAUAAAUAACCACCCCAUCCAUGACUUACGAGGCAUACUUUUAUCACUCAACUUGGAGGAGUUGCACCAUUCUAUUAUCCAUUGGAGUGUUUUAGGAUCAAUGAAUGUAUUUUCCUCUUCCUUCCAUAGUGUCUAUGAAGUUGGCAAAUAGAGAUUGGGAGAAUGAGAAAUGACCAAAUCCUAAAAGAUUAAAAACCGAUAAAUAUGAUUGUUUACUUGUUCUACCGGAAAUAAUUACUCUUAUUUAUUAUCCGACAUCAUAUUAAAUAAUAAAUGUAACAAUUUUGA